AACACUCAAGGCUGCCCUCUCUUUCCUUCUCCAAGCCUCGCUCUCUCUCUCUCUCUCUCUUAAAUUUCUCUCCCUCCCUUUUCUUCUCUGAAAAUGGAUACACCGCCACCACCAAAGCAGCAAAAACAAUCAUCAUCCACGGAGUUAGACUUUGACAACCUUAGAGCCAUCAAAGUCCUAGGCAAAGGAGCUAUGGGCACCGUGUUUCUAGUUCACGACAGGGUAGCUGACCCUUGUGCUCGAACACCCUAUGCCCUCAAAGUCGUCGAGAAAUCCACCCUCCAUAUGAAAUUCGAGGCCGACCGACGAGCCCGCUGGGAGAUCCAGGUCCUCACCAAACUCUCCGGCCGGAACAGCCACCCAUUUCUCCCUCAUCUUAUAUCUUCCUUGGAGACUCAAGACUUCCUCGCUUGGGCCGUGCCUUUCUGCUCUGGUGGUGAUCUCAAUGUGCUCCGCUACCGCCAACACGAUCGCGUUUUCUCCCCGGCCGUCGUGCGCUUUUAUUUAGCCGAGAUAGUAUGCGCUUUAGAACAUCUACACGAGAUGGGGAUUGUGUACCGGGACCUGAAGCCUGAAAACAUUCUCAUACAACAGUCUGGUCACGUUACUCUCACGGACUUCGACCUUUCUCGCACUUUAAGAAAAAGGACCGUUAAAACCAUUUUGUCUUCUGCUGAUCAUCACCAUUUUGAUCAACCCGCGAACCCUCAAUCUCUGGCUCUAUCUCUUGAUACGCAAAAGAAGCACCGUCAUCGCCAUCCUAUCCCUCACAGAUUCGACCGAAGAAAUUUAACCCGGUGGCUUCCUACCCUUCCCAGUAACGAUAAAACAGGGUUGAAAAAGACCAAAUCAGCCCGAGUUAGCCCCGUGAGUAGGCGGAAACUCAGUUUCAGCAAUGGAGAACGAUCCAACUCUUUUGUGGGCACCGAGGAAUACGUGUCGCCGGAGGUUGUCAGAGGGGAUGGACACGAAUUCUCCGUGGAUUGGUGGGCUUUGGGGAUUCUAACGUACGAGAUGUCAUAUGGCACGACACCAUUUAAAGGGAAGAACCGCAAGGAAACGUUUCGAAACAUUUUAUCUAAGAAGCCGGAGUUUGUAGGGAAACGAAACGAGUUAACGGACUUGAUCGAACGGUUGCUAGAGAAGGAUCCAACGAAGAGGCUGGGUUAUCAACGAGGAGCACGCGAGAUCAAGGAGCACGUGUUCUUCAAAGGGUUGAGGUGGGACCUACUUACUGAGGUAUUACGGCCACCGUUUAUUCCCGCCAGAGAUGAUACUAAUCUAACAGAAACGACUGAAGGGGUGGAUAUUAGGGAGUACUUCCAGAAUUUGAAGGCACCGCCGUCGCUUCCUCCAUCGCGGUUACCUUCACCUUCUUCAGAGUGCCAUAGAAGCAUGUCGUUGAAGGAGUUUUAAGCGCACGUGUGGCAGUUGGCUCGUGUAAGAGUGAGUUAGUAUUAAUUCAUUUUUCAUAUACAUUAAUUAUAUAUGAUGACUGUGUCUGUGUACAUAAAAUAAUGGGUAGAACGUGAAAAAGGCUUUAGUGGGAAGAGAUUAUUAGUUAGUGCUUAUUAAAAAGCUAUAAAUAGAUUAGAUUCUAUUUGUGCGAUUA